CUCCCUACCCAAGAUGGCCGCCCGGGACGUUCUCUGCCUCUUCCAACUUUGUCUCGGCGGUCGCGCCUCCACGUGUCUCGCUCGCACUCCCACACACAGCCACCACGCCGCUCGCACACCGCACUCCACCGCGCUCCACCACGUUCCAACACACGCCACCGCCUGGUCCCUACUUCUGUGCAGCAGUCGCUCAGAGAGGAGGCGGCAGCGGACGGGCGCGGGGAAAACAAAACAAAAAGAGUCGGUGGCGUUUAAGAGAGAGCCAGCAACGCGGUAAGAUCUCUAUUCGUAAUUCUUCCCACAAAUUACUCCCGUGACGCGGUUGUUCUGGCUUGGAAUUGCAUCGUCAUCAGCCGUACGGAGGAAGAGGAAGACGAAGGGGGCGGAGAAGCCAAGGACAGGAACCAGUGUGUGGGUAAGAUCUCCACGCUGCGUGGCGAUGUCGGGCCGCCUGGUGCAGUACGUGGUGGUGCUGGGAGAUCUGCAGAGCGGGUUGGGCUGGCCGCUGGGCGCGCUGGUGGCGCAGGCGUGCCACGCGUGCAGCGCCGCCCUGCAUCUCUACUACGCCGAGGCGGACACGCAGCGCUACCUGGGCGACCUGGACACGAUGCACAAGGCAGAUGACAAGGAUGCCUUGAUCCAAUUGUCAGAGAAGCUCACGGUGGAGAAUAUCCAACACAAACUGUGGGUGGAGCAGCCGGAGAACAUCCCCACGUGCCUGGCCCUCCGACCGUACCCCAAGGAGCAAGUGCACCACUUGCUCAAGAAGUUCAAACUGCUCAAGUGACUCCAGUUUCGUGAUCAACAUCGAUUAAUGGACAACGGCCCCGUGAUGCGUUUGCAAUACAGAUUGUGUAUGGUUUCGUGGAAACUGUUGGGAUAGUUACUGUGGUAAAUAUCUACACUUAAGAAACUUACAAAUAUACCCUGAGAGAUUUGAAGGGGUAUGUCCGUUAUUUAGCCAUUUUAAACACAAUCACUCUACCACUUUUUUCAAGUCCAAUUCAGAUGGCUAGUGUCACAGCAGUUCAUAUGCAUGUGCUAAUACUAAUUCUGGCAAUAAAUCUGAGCCCAACUGAAAUCUUUAACCAAUUCAAAUGUAUUUAGUGACCUGCAUUAGCCAAUGCACAGUGCUGUGACGUCAGUGUAGAUGUCAGGACUCACUUCAGAGUAUCAGCUGUAACACCUUGUACAUCACAGCGAAUUACUAAUUUGCAUACUCAUCCGAUAUUCAACUUCAUAAGUUUGAAAAAUGCAGUUCCAGAUGAAUAUUGCCGUCAUGGGAAACAUGUCUUCCUACUGACUGAACAUGUGUUAAUUCCAACACCCAGUUAUUAGAAGGGCGAACUGUGUUAUAGGAUAAACACAUGGACACUUUCUAGUAUUUGAAAAUUUGUUUUACUGUUUAGAUUUAAAAUAGGCCCUGGUAAUGUGCUGCAACGUUUCCCUCUCACAUGUGUUGAUUACACACAGUGCACUAUGGAUUCACUUUGUAAAAAAAAAAUCCGAAAGGGGAAACAUUACAAAGGCGAGCAAAUAAAGAACACUGGUUCAUUGUUAGAUUUAUUUACAUUGUAUUAAUAAAGCUAACAAAAACAGCAAAUGUAGAUACAUUUGAAUGGCUUCUAUCUGUAAAAGCUGCACGAGCUUUUGAGAUACAUAUUAAUAAUAACAGUCAUUAAGGGCAGGGCUUGUAAAAAGACAAAUGAAUGAUAAGUCAUUACAUAAGACCCCCUCAUACUUUUAAGUGUCUAUAUGCAAUACGAACAGAAAUGCACGCAAAAAUGGACUCAAUGCAAUUUAAAUGGUACAUGGACUCAUGCAUACCUGUGGUGGAAAGCCAGAGAAAGAUAAUCGUGAAGUUUUUUUCACAAAUCUCAUCUCGUAAGCAUCUCCCAACAAGACAUGAACACAUCGGACAUCUUACAAAUGUAAAAAAAAAAUGGGGAAAGUAAGAUUUGUUUUAGUUGAAGAUUUCUAUUCAUAAUAAUAUGCACAUACAUUGAAAACAGUUUGUAUUCUUUUAGGCAAAGCAGUCAAGCAUUAUACACAUUAUUUAACUAUACAAGCAUUCCUGUACAAAAUAUUCUCAUCAAGGGGAACAUGUAAAACACUUCAUAAUCUAAUAGACCUACGGUAAGAAUAAAAAAAGGCUUCAGCUGUUCCGAACUUUACACACUUUCAGAAAAUGUCCAUUUCGUUUAAAAUAUAUAUUUCAUAUAUUAAUGAAAACAUCUGCAAUCGAUGGCGCUAGCAUUGCUCUUCCAACAAUCACCCCGGUUUCAUUCACUUAGCAAAAACAAGUCCAAUGCCCAUGAUGAAACGUUUUGCUCUCUCCUUUCUAACCACAAUAUUGACGAUACACGGCUUGAGUUUAUUAAUACGCCUGCUUGUUUAUAUGUGGCCGGAAGAGCACAGGUGAAGCAAGCAUUUUGCCAUGACACAUUGCUGCAAAGUACGCAGGGGGAAAAGUCAAAAAACGGCAAGUAUCGAUGGUGGUGCCAUUGCGCACUAUGAAUUUGGUUGACCAUUAAUCAUCGUGUAAAUCCAUGUGAAAUAAAAUUCCCACGGUACCUA